AUGGCGCAACCAAUUGAUCAUCCACCUGUGGUUCUCUUCGGCUAUGAUUCUAGCCCUUUCACAAACAAAGUCAGACUAGCACUACGCAUCAAGCAGAUACCAUUCUCCUAUGUCACUGUCCCGUCGAUGCUACCGAGACCCCUCAUAACAUCAACAUUCGGCCUCCAGUACCGCAAGAUACCCAUCCUCGCUAUCGGCAGCGAGAUCUACUGCGACACCUCGCUCAUCAUUGAGGCACUAGAGCACUUUUUCCCCGUGGACAAAAGUUGGGCUACCGUGUAUCCGCCUAUCGAGGGCGUAAGCGGAUGGGCGUAUCGUGGGCUCGUGAGAGGGUUUGCGAGCUUUUGGACUGACAAACCGCUAUUUCGGACGACUACCGGAUUUAUCCCUUCUUCUGUCUGGGCGUCAGACUUUGGUAAAGAUCGCGCUCAGCUCAUUGGACAUCCCCUUUCGCCUGAGAAGCUGCAGUCUAAGAUACCAAUUCAUCUUUCCAAUCUAGAUUUGCACCUCUCCAUGUUGGAACCUAUGUUUGAGUCGGGUACUUGGGCCAUGCCGACGAUUACACCUUCGCUCGCUGACAUCAGUCUGUAUUAUCAGUUGAGAUGGGGCAUUGAUAUCGCUGCUGGGAAGGGUAUCAAUAAUCUUAGUGGUGGCGGAACGGAUGAUACAAAUGAUGAUGUUGUGGGACAAGUGUUCAGCAAGAAGAGGUAUCCAAGCUUGGUGAAGUGGUUCGAUGCAUUCGAAGCGUACAUCCGCGCUUUGCCGGAUCUACAAACAACAAUUCCCGGAGAAGACGCUCAGUGGAAAGACGCGCUGAGACGAACAACUUUGUUACGCGAUGAAGACCUGCUUGUUCCUACGGCGGUGGGACAGCAUAUCGUCCUUGAUGCUUCAAGAGGACUGGUCCCAGGUGUGAGUGUAAGCAUCGUGCCUGAUGACACCGGUCGCGAUAAUCCUACGAUAGGUACGUUGGUCAAAAUUGGAAGCGAGGAGGUGGUCAUCAAGCCGGACGAGAUGGGUGAGCUAGAUGUCAGAAUUCAUUUUCCUAGGCUGGGUUUUGUUGUGAAGGCAACGGGCGGAAGCAAAUUGUAA